AUGGAACGUAUAUUUGAGCACAUCGAUAAAAAGCAAGAUGCUUAUGUCCAAAGGUUAGCGGAGGCAGUUGCCAUCCAAAGUGUCUCAGCAUGGCCGGAGAAGAGGCCAGAAAUCAAACGUAUGAUUGAAUGGGCUGGAGCGCUGCUGUCUAAACUAGGUGGCUCUUUUGAAUAUGCAGACCUCGGGGAACAAACACUUCCUGAUGGAACCAAGAUUCCACUUCCCCCAGUGCUGCUAGGCAGUCUGGGAAAAGAUCCACAAAAGAAGACACUCUUGGUUUAUGGGCAUCUGGAUGUGCAGCCAGCAGAAAAGUCUGAUGGUUGGGACACAGAGCCAUUUGUUCUAACUGAGAAAGAUGGAAAGUUGUAUGGAAGAGGAUCUACAGAUGACAAGGGGCCAGUCAUUGGAUGGCUGAACUGUAUAGAGGCUAUGCAGGAAUUGAACUUGGAAAUCCCUGUUAACUUCAAGUUUAUUUUUGAGGGGAUGGAGGAGUCUGGCUCUGAAGGAUUGGAUGAUCUUAUUGAGAGGAGGAAGAAUGACUUUCUGAAGGGUGUGGACUUUGUGUGCAUCUCUGACAACUACUGGCUGGGAAAGAAGAAACCUUGCAUUACAUACGGUCUUCGGGGUAUCUGUUACUUCUUUGUGGAGGUUGAGUGUGCCAAACAGGAUCUGCAUUCUGGGAUUUACGGUGGCACU